AUGAACUUCGCUCCACAGUACCCCACGCCUCCCCCGGGCUACAUGCCCUACGACGCAUACCAGCACCGCCAGACGCCCCCAAUGUCGCCCUCGCCUGGCUACUACUCUCCCCGCUACGGCGCCGCAGGAGUCUCGCCCUCGCCGCACGCCUCUCCCAAAGUCCACGGCCAUUCGCGACGCGCAUCGCACGCUGUCCCCUCCUCGCAGUACAAUGCAUACACUUCGCCGCGCGGAGGCGCAACGCCGCAGUUUACGUCGCCGCGCUACUACCCGACGCCACAGCGUACGCCCGAAUAUGUAAGUGGUUAUUUUGGUUACGCUCCAACGAGCCGGCAACGCCGCGACACGGACGCGACGCCUCUCAAACGCUCCAAUCGUGAGAAGGCUCGUCGUCCGUCGGUAUCAGCGCGCUACGUGCACACCAAGGACGUCUAUGGCGACUUCGACUAUGUCCGUGAGCGAGAGCGAGAGCCACCGCCACCGUACACUCGCCACGCCACGUACGGUUAUGCUGAUUACCAUGUCCGCCAUCAGGUCCCUAUCUAUGAGUCAGAGCCAAAGGCGAGCCGUCCGCGACGUGCGUCUCACACCACCCGUCCCCAGCCGCAGCCGCAGCCCACCCCCAAGCGAGCCGCGCCUCCCAAGACCCCAAGAAAAGCAACCGAUGAAGACGCGCGCCGCGCCCGUAUCCCCGCUGGCUACUCGUACAAGAACUGGGACCCCGCCGAAGAGCCCAUCAUGCUGUUGGGCAGUGUCUUCGACGCCAACACCCUCGGCAAGUGGAUCUACGAUUGGACUGUCUACCACCAUGGACCAACAACGCCUCUGGCUGAGAUGGCGGGUGAGCUUUGGCUUCUCCUCAUCCAGCUUGCUGGUAAAGUCAAGCGUGCCGAAGAGACCUUGUCCCAGAUUCGCCAGAAGGAGAACCGCGAAAUGGUCGAGGACUUCCUGGAGAGCGGCGAGCGUCUGUGGAUUCGCCUCGCCAAGCUCCUCAAAGUGUGUGAAGACUACAUGUGGAAGGCCGCUAAGAAAGAGACGGGAGAGAAGAAGCCUCUUGCCAUGGGCAAGAACAGCGGCCGCGAGUUCGUCGACUCCAUCUUUGGUCGCGACCGUGAGCUCGAGACGACCGAGAAGUUUAUGGUUGGCAUUCGCCUUUGGAGCAUGCGUUUUGAUGCGAACUGCGAAGAGAUUCUUCGCCACCCCGAGGCCUAG